GGGAGGGAGAGGAAACAAAUCAAGCUCGCGCCACCAUCCCAUCUCCGGGUUCUAAGUCCACGCGGCGUCUGGCAGCGUUUCAUGUCAGCGGCUGACAGCUCGUGCGUCGCGUUUUCUCCGGCUUUUGAACACUUUUUUGAAGUUUUAUUUUGUUUUGACGACACGACAGGUCUGCGCUUGUUGCUGUGGUGACGGUUUGGUGUCCCAGUUUGGCAGCAGGCUGCGGCGGGACAGACGCACACGUCUGUAAUAACAGUGACAGCGCCGCCGACACAAGCCCCGGGGAGGAGGAGGAGGAGGACCGAGUGUGUGGCACCAUGCCUGUGCGACAGAAAGAUGCUCAGCGAGCCCUGGAGUUGCUCCAGCAGUAUCGAGUCAGACUAGACCAAAGACAGCAGAACCAGAACCAGACCAAGCAGGCCAUCGUGGAAGAGGACCUCCAACUGCAGCAGUCUCUGGACAGAGUCAUCAAUGUCUUCCAAAGCCAGCUCUUUAGUGCUCUUCUUGAUAUCCAGGAGUACUAUGAGCUGACCAUCCUUGCCGACAGUAAGCGCUCUGUGAAUCAGCAAGAUGGUCCUGGGAAACUCAGUGCCUCCUCCAAUCUACCAGCAGAACCCUCAAUCCAGCCACAGCCCUCCACGACUCCCCUGACCCCCCAGGCUUCUGGUGGACCAUCCCAAGCCAAAUCGCUGACCCCCAAACCCAGAUCAGUUAAGUCCCCUGCUCCUCCAAUCCCAUCGGAAAUAUCUGCAACAAAGCGAUCUUCCUCUACAACACAUACCAGCACACCUCAGUCAGAGCCAGCCAAAGUGAAAUACCGCGCACCUCUUCCUCCUGUCCAGACUGGAGCCUCCAAAUCGUUGGCGUCAGACACUUCUAAAUCUUCUCCCUCUGUUGCUACCUCUUCCAGUGUCAACAAUGUAGAAACCCCUUCUAGGUCCAUAAAAACAUCUCCUGGAGUUGUACUGAAUGGAUCUGAACCACAUCUAACUGCCACCAGCUCUAGCAGCCCUUCAGACACCUCUACCAAUCCACAAAGCCUUUGUGCCUCCCCCGACAUCAACCUGGUGACCGUCUCUGCCCUCGUUUCCAGCACCAUCCAAGGCCUUGUAUCUCCAACUACUCCAGACAAACUUAGGCCCAGCAGCACCACGCCAAGCACCAGCACAGGUCUCAGCAGAGUCACAGAUUCUACCAUAGUGUCUCCAUCUCUUACGACCCCCAAGGACCCCGGACUGGGCAAAGGUACCUCCAGCCCGAGUCCAACUAGCCCCAGUCAUGGAAAGUUUACCUUCAGUAGCCGCAGUCCUACAAGUCCACCUGGGCAGCUACACAAAGGACCUCGUCUUAGUCCAACCAGCCCUGGGCCAGUAAAAGUUCCCUCCGCAGACCCCAGCCAUGGUCCAGUCCGCUCCAGGCCACCUACAAGCCCACUGACCCCAAGCAAGAAGUAUCGGUAUCAAGAAGAGGAAGGGGCGUCACCAGGCGCCCCAAAACUUCACCAUCACCCCUGCCUUCAGCAUCAAAUGGGAGUAGCAAGAGAGCUAAGGGAUGGAGGGACCCUGGGGAGGGAUGGAGGGACCCUGGGGAGGGAUGGAGGGACCCUGGGGAGGGAUGGAGGGACCUUGGGGAGGGAUGGAGGGACCCUGGGGAGGGAUGGAGGGACCCUGGGGAGGGACGGAGGGACCUGGAGGAGAGAUGGAGGGGGCAUCGGGACCAUGGAGAGAGAGAGGGAACGGUCGUUGGGAAGGGAUGGAUCUCGCCACGGUGACCUGCGGGGGGCGGAGCUGGUUCAGGUGGCGGAGCGGCAGCUGUCUCAGAUUCAACACGUUCAUGGAUACGUCACUCACACGCACAUAACGCCCGCUCAGGUAGAAUCACCUGAGGCUCCCUUUGAUGAUGAGGGGUGGCCUCACCCAGAAGGAGAGAGGCUGAACGAAGUCCCAGCCCCGCAUUUCUCCUCCCUCUAUUCACAAAGCCACUCCUAUUACCAGGCCAACCCGCCUCCAGUGGUCGUCAACACCGACAGCGUUGACACCCCUCCAUAUGCCAAUGGAACAGAAGCAGACUAUGAGUUUGAGGAAAUCACGCUGGAGCGGGGUAACUCAGGCCUGGGCUUCAGUAUUGCUGGAGGGACUGAUAACCCCCACAUCGGAGAGGACCCCUCAAUCUUCAUCACCAAGAUUAUACCUGGAGGAGCCGCAGCCCAGAAUGGACGACUCAGGGUGAAUGACUGUAUAGUGCGGGUGAACGAGACAGACGUCAGGGAGGUGACCCACAGCGGGGCUGUGGAGGCGCUGAAGGAGGCUGGAGGUCUAGUCAGACUGUGUGUACGACGCAGGAGGAGCAUCACUGAGAGAAUCAUGGAUAUCAAGCUGGUCAAAGGACCCAAAGGUUUAGGAUUCAGUAUAGCCGGUGGAGUUGGAAACCAACAUGUCCCUGGUGACAACAGCAUCUAUGUGACUAAAAUCAUUGAGGGAGGCGCUGCACACAAAGACGGACGGCUACAAAUAGGGGACAAACUCGUUGCUGUAAAUGGCUCCUGUUUGGAAGAGGUCACUCAUGAAGAGGCAGUGGCUGCACUGAAGUCAACUCCUGACGUUGUGUACCUCCGUGUGGCCAAACACACCUCCCUUUUUAUCAAUGACAACUUCCCUCCACCCGAUGUCACUAAUUCGUACUCCCCACAUCAGGACAACCAUAUAAGCCCCUAUAUGAGCGGCAGCCAGUCUGUAAGCCCCGCCCCACUGACCACACCCAGAUACUCCCCGCUGCCCAGGGCCAUGACUGGAGAGGAUGAUGUGCCCAGGGAACCCAGGCGGGUGGUGCUGCAGAGGGGCUCCACAGGCCUCGGAUUUAACAUUGUUGGAGGGGAAGAUGGGGAGGGAAUCUUCAUUUCCUUCAUUCUUGCUGGAGGUCCAGCUGAUCUCUGUGGGGAACUACGAAAGGGAGACCGCAUUCUGUCGGUAAACGGGGUGGACCUGUCCAGUGCAACACAUGAGCAGGCAGCCGCAGCUCUGAAGAACGCAGGACAGACCGUUACCAUAGUAGCACAGUACAGACCUGAGGAGUACAGUCGUUUUGAGGCAAAGAUCCAUGACCUGAGAGAACAGAUGAUGACCAGCAGCGUCAGCUCCAGCUCCACGUCGCUCCGCUCCACACAGAAACGCACACUUUACGUCAGGGCGUUGUUCGACUAUGACGGAAGUGCGUCAGAUCUGGGAGCACCCAAUCAGGCCUUGCCCUUUCAUUUCGGCGACAUCCUCCACGUGAGCAGUGCAGGCGAAGAGGAGUGGUGGCCCGCUCGUCACCUCAGCCCUCCGCCCCCAAACUGCCCUGAAGUCGGGGUCAUCCCCAGCCGCCGGAGGGCAGAAAAGAAGGAGAGGUCGAGGCUAAAGACAGUCAGAGUGACGAGGUCUCAGGACAGAUCGGAUCAGGAAGAUAAAGAGCUGGUAACCUCUGGCACCAGCGAUAGUGAGAGUAGUUCCUCUGGCCAGGAGGAGGCCUUCCUCACCUACCAACCUGUCAUGCAACAGGAAGUUAAUUACACACGGCCAGUCAUCGUGCUCGGACCAAUGAAGGAUCGGGUUAAUGAUGACCUCAUCUCUGAGUUCCCUGAUAAGUUUGGCUCCUGUGUUCCACACACAACACGGCCGCGACGAGACUACGAGGUGGACGGCAGAGAUUAUCACUUCAUGUCCUCCAGAGAGCUCAUGGAGCGAGAGAUUCAGGAACACAAGUUCAUAGAGGCUGGACAGUAUAACAACCAUCUGUAUGGAACCAGCAUACAGUCUGUCAGAGAGGUCGCUGACAAGGGAAAACACUGCAUACUGGAUGUAUCAGGGAAUGCGAUAAAGCGUCUCCAGUUGGCAGGCCUCCAUCCCAUCGCUAUCCUCAUUAGACCACACAGUGUCGACAACAUCCUAGAGAUGAAUAAGCGUUUAACUGAGGAGCAGGCGAGGAAGACCUACGACAGGGCUGUCAAACUGGAGCAGGAAUUCACAGAGUUCUUCACCGGAAUAGUCCAGGGCUCGACUCUAGAGGAAGUUUACUCGCAGGUGAAGCAGAUCAUUGAGGAACAGUCUGGUCCUUACAUCUGGGUGCCCACCAAGGACCGACUCUGAAUAAACACACAUAUGGCAUAUUCACACACACACACACACACACACACGUGUCACUCUCUCAACACUUCCUACUCGUCUAAUUUUCUAUUAUCAGCCUGCUUCCUCUCUUUCUCGUACACACAUCACUACACACACACAUAUUGACACAAGCACAUUAAGUGGGACGAGGCUGGGACUAUCUGGGACUGCUACUUCCUGAAGUGGGAGGAGCUCAUGUCUGUCCAGCAGCCUAUUGGUGGAUCUUCCUACAGCUCAGUUCCUUAAUGUUUAAGGAGGUGGUUCAAAUCAAGGCAACAUGUACCAUUAUCUGAUUUGAUUUCAUUAUUGUUCUUCUUAUUGUUGUUGUCGUUGUUGUUUUCAUAUUAACGAAGGGUAAUGCAUUCAUGUAUGGGUUUGUAAUGAUAAUAUUGUCACCAAGAGGCAGACUUUUGCACGCUGUAGCUUUAAGAGCAUGUUUUUGGGACAAAAUCUUGAUCUCCUUCCUUGUCUGUCUGUCUCUCCUCAUGGCAUCACUCCUGUUUAGAGUUUUCCCUUUCUCAUCUUUUUCUGUCUUUUUCUCAUAUGCCAUCCCUUCCUUUCCUCUUUUUGUCUUUCAACUCUCUCCAAACUUUAGAUUAAAUAUUGUAAUUAAAAUGUUCCCCAGCAUAAAGGCAUUAAGGGCCAAAAUAAAACUACAUUACAACUACUGUUAAGAGAUGUAGUGAAAAAAAUAAUCAUAAACAAUUUUAGACUUUGUGUAACUGAGACAGUUGCUGAUAAUUACUGUCACAAGCAGAAAUUCCAAAUCAGAAAUAAAUAGAAACUAAAUUAGAUUGCAUGCAAAAAAAGAAUAAAGAGUAUUCUAUCACCAUAUUGUUUUUGGAAUGUCAAAAACAAUCAAACUACAUGAGCCUUAUUAUGGUGGUUGAGACCAUUUGGAACUCUGGGCCUGUAUUUGUCAGAUUUCUGAGAAUUCUGUAAAGUGCAAUAGUUUAGUUCUUCAAAAAAUGUAAAGAUUAGGGAAGAUUUUUUAAGGCGUCUCACCCCUGCGUAAAGCAAAGUGAAAAAAUAAGAGCCUACAUCUGGCCUAUAGGACAAUGUUUUUACAAAAUCAUCAUAACUAGAAGUUGAUGUAAUAUAUUUAUGUUUUUAAAACAUACUAAUAUGAAUAUAAUAAUGGGAAAUUGGCUUAAAUGAAAACAUAAAGGAAAGUAUAGUCACAUUAUGGCAAACAGAUUUUAAAAUAACACACAAACAUAACUACAAGCAAAUUCAGUGCACUUUAAUCCUUGCUGUUUACAUCCAUGCCUGAUAAACAUGAAAAACUAAAAGAAGGGAAAAGUGGGGUGAAACCCAUUAAAUGUUAAAAUUUCAAAAUACCCAACUCUGAGUUUUACAAAUUGCUUCUGCUAAUGUUUUGCUCAUCCUGACCGGUUACAACUUGUGUAAUCGUCUAAAACACUUCCAUUGAAGAGCGUUUUUAAAGAGAUUUUAAAUUUCAUAAUUAGCUUUAAUCUGUGAGGAGUCACGGUGAACGCUUUUUACUUUUAGCUUCAAAAAAUGUUUUCUCAGCAACUUGAUAAAUAAAGGGCCAGAUUCUCUUUUUAAGAAACCUGGGUCUGUUUUGUCCAAGUCUUCAUCCCACAAGACUUCUCAGCCUUUUCCUUCCUCCUCCUCCUUCUUCUCUCUGUCCCUCGUCUUCAUCUCUCUCCUCUUCUCUCCUCUUUACACCCACAGUGUGACGUUAGUUGUGCACUCCUGACAUUGAACAGUGUAUCAUCUUCUUCAUCAGCGCUAUCAUCACAAUCGUAAUCAUCAGCAUCAUCGUUACAGCUUUCCUUCUUACCGUAGUUGCACUAAUGAGGGCUGGUUUCUUAAAAGCAUCUUAGCGCAGCAGCUGAUUCCGUCCCAUUGGUUCUAGUUUAUGGAUAUGAUGAUAUUAUGCACUCACUUUUCUUUCAGUGGUUGUUAUGCUGGUUUGACAACAGGUCAGAGGACAGUUUUUGAUGACGGCUUUUUGCAGUUUACUUAUUUGCUGUACGUCAUGCUGUUGCUAAGUAUUUAAAAACAUCAAAUGUACUCCUCCAGUAAAAUCUACAGUCAGAAUCUACUGCAGUGCUCUUGUGCCAACAGGUUUUUUCACACUGGAUUUUGAAGUUUGAAGCCAGUCGUAUGUUUGACCUCAGCACUCCGUUACUACAUGGUUCCGUUAUGGUUGUGUUCACUAAGGGUUGUAUCCUCAACGAUGUUUUCAUACAUUCUGUAGAUGUUGUUUGAAUGGGGCUAAACUAGCAUUUUAAUCUAACGUUUGUGCAGGCCACAGAGCAUGGACAGUGGACUGAAAUUCACACUUAUUUCAGGCAACAGACUUGUGUUGAAUUUCCAGAAUGUUUAUAUUUUUCAAAGGAGCUGCAAGAUUAAAGGUUCUGUGUGCAUCGCUUAGCACCACCUGAUGGAGAACACCAGCAUCUCAGACCAAAAUGUACGGGUACGUGAGACACACUUCCCCACGCCUUUCAUUUUCAUUUACAACCAGAAAUAUUAUGUGCAGGAGAGCCAACAAAAUUCAAUCCUGCCACAACCAUAAGCCUAAUUAUCACUCUAUAAGACACUGAAUUGCUGUAGUGAGUUGUUGUCAACUCGACGAACAGCAUCUUCACUUCGCUUGUCUUUUCUUCUUCAUGUUUGUUCUGGUUGGUGUGUGUCCGUUUCCACUGUUUGUCGGACCGAAAGGGACCCAAGAACGGAGCGAACCUGUGUGGAAACAGACACACAAAGACCGCAGUAGAACAGACGUGGUGGAGAUGGAGCAGCAGGGAGGUCAGUUUCAAAGGGAGGAUUUCACAUGCACCAGCAUGCAUGCACAGCUGGACCAGCUGCCAAAAAAUAGAACAGGGAAGCUCUGAGUAUAAAACACACAGAGGGAGUGGGAGUCCAUUCUCUGCUAAGGACACCAUUACUCUGUAUCUUUACAUAGCUGAUAGUUGUUUGCUGCUAUAUUAAUGCUAUAUUUGUGCUCAAAAACAUGCAUAUUGCACCUUUAAUAGUACAAGUAUAUCAUGAAUGCCCCUUGCUUUGUAAAUCUGUUAGUUGUAGCAGUCUUUACUGGGUCUUUGCUGCUCGUAGCAGAGAUUGAGGAUAAGCUCAUACACUAUAUUAAACUAACAUAUAGAUACUUUUAGUCUCCUGAAAAGAGCUGUGGAGCAGUGUUUUUACCACUGGGUCCCUGUUUUAUUUAUACAAUACACAAGGAUGCAUGUGGGUGGUGUGUUUUACAUCUUGCUGCUGGUUUAACACUUAUCUGCAGAUUAAUGGUUGGUGGAAGGAUCAGUGGUGAAUGUAAACAUAACUUUUGUUUGUUUACAAAGAUGCACACAGCACCUUUAAUAUGUGUCACUGUAAAAACAUGAUUGAACUUUGGAUUAGCAAAGAUUGUGUCAUUCCUGUCAGAAAGUAGACAUCUGAAGGUGUAAAGGUAAAAAAAGAAAUGUUUUGACUUAGAGAGGAACUUGAUGUGACCGAAUGAACACGAGUGCUGAGGUCAUGAAUCCGACUAACCUGAAACAUGAAAAUAAUCUGUUGUCAAGUGUAACAUUCGAGAUACCAAGAUGCUUUUGGUGACCCAGCCCCUGUAUGGACCUUGUCAGCCACCCACUCCCCAUCUCCACCCUCAACCCCGAGGCAACUCCAAGCUGACUGGAGACCAGGGUCAUACAGAAAGACUGUUCUGUCAACAGAGUAGCUCUUAGGUCUAAAUAAUGAAUUGUUAUUUAUCCCACAUGUGUUUUGAAAGCUUUAAUGUUUCCGCAGAGAAUGUUCAGCUAAACUAAAUUUUUUCCAUCUGUAAUCCUUACUGAUCAAGUAGAUGGACGUAGCUUGUAUAAAAGAAGUGGAUGUAGCCACUGUGACAUCACCCGUCAGUUUGUGGACUAACAUUUUGAAGCAUCAAGUUUGGCAUUUUGGUCGUCACCAUUUUGUUUUGAUGGAGCCUGAAGAUGAUGAUAUUCGGACAAGAAGGUGGACUUGGACAGGAGCGAGAGGUGGAUCUGACCGAGAACUCGAAGACACUAUGCACGGUAGCGAUUUGUCAACCCAAGUUAGUCUGGCCCUGAACCAUACCCUGCUUUAUUAUCUGUUUUUUAUUAAAUGGAACUAUAAUUUACUAAAUGAACAUCGAGUUGUAUUGAAGAAGACUUGGAACUAGAAACUAAGAUCAUUAACUCAUUAGAAAAAUGUUUACUGAGGUAUUAUAUCAAGUGAGAAGUAGGAUCAAUUCCUCAUAUACGUCUACGUAAUCAGAAUUCUUUGUGAAGUCGCCUCCUGCUGGCCAUUACAAAGAAUGCAUCUUUAAGGCAUUUCCACAUUGGCUUCACUUUUCAGAGCCAGAAUCUACAUCUACUUCUUUUAUACAGCCUAUAUGUAUGACGGUAUGUGUCAGAUGACAGAACUGGACUCUCUUUGUGACUCUGGCUGUGUGUUUUAGCCAGGGGACCAUGCCACUGUCUGUUAGAGUAAAGCACCGAUGCAAAGAAUCUAUUACAGAGAACGAUCUAUAUCUAACAUAUUAUAAUAUUUAUCCCUGCUCUAACUGCCUAUUUUGGUACAAAAAAAAAUAAAAGUCUUUAUUGAGAUUUACUGAAAUCCCUCGACCAAUGACCAGAGAUGAUUAUUUUUAUUUUUUUUGCAUUGUGGAAUGUGUAUGAAUGUGAAUAUUCUAUAACAACUGUACAUAUUAAUAUAUUUUCCUUUACCGUCA